AUGGAUAUAGCACGCAGCUGCUCGCCUACCAUGCCUUCGGAACACACGACAACAGAUCAUGCAGCGGCAAUGCACAUCAAGGCGCGGCAUGAACGCAAGCUGCGCCGCACUGUCCGUCGACUCAAGAAGAUGCGCAGAAGAUGCAAAAGGAAAGGAAACCCGUUCCCGGCUCACGCAAAACGCACUCUUGAGGCUCUGCAGCACGAGUUGCUUUACGGCCAGGCUCAAACCAUGACGAGAGGAAGAAAAAAGAAGCAGAACCAUGCGAGACCUGCUGCGAAUGUUUCGAUUUCAGGUCAGGACAUUGAGUACAAUAAAAUCAUGGAGGCUAUGCUCUUGCUGGUACCUCCCCGAGAUCUGCUGGUCAAUGCCAUGCGCGUCAGCAAGCGAUGGCUCACUAUCAUCGAGAAGUCGGAGCGCCUGCAGCAAGCGCUGUUCCUACGGCCACUCCCUGGUCCUCUCGUGCUGUACAUCGACAACGGCAAGAACGGAUUCUGGUCUGCAAACAAAUACAAUGGCUUUGCUUCGCUCGUCUUCAACAAUCCGUUCCUUGACCUGAUCUGCGAACGCCAAAAGUCAAAGAUUGGCAGCGAGGAGUGGUCGAUCUUGCAGCGGGUAGGGGCUAGCUGGAAGCGGAUGCUAAUAUGCCAGCCGUCCAUCAAAGAAGCCCAUCACCCACAGGCUAUCUGGGACUACGUGAGUCAGUACUUCGAGAUAGAGUAUCGCAGCCACCCAACCGAAUACUUUCGACUACACAAUCUCUUCAACGCAGUCCUGUGGCCGACGGGACAGCGUAGGCCGACCUAUGUCUAUCCGAAAGGCUGGAUGAAGUGGACUGAAGUCACUACCGGCAAGGACGUCAGGCACGUGAAAUUGCCCUUGCCGAUCCAAGAUCACACCUGGCAGACCAUCGUGAAGAAGUAUGGCUACCGCUCAGUGGCGCCGGAACGUUCCAGCUGA